CACCCGGACGAUCAGGCUUUCCGGGUGACAAAGGAACAAUGGGAAUUCCUGGAAGAUUGGGGUUAAAAGGAUACGCAGGGGAGAAGGGAGCGCCAGGGGAGCCAGGCCUGUCCAUCAUUGGGCCACGAGGAUCUCCUGGACAGCCAGGAACUAGAGGCUUCCCAGGCUUCCCGGGUCCGAUUGGGUUGGACGGCAAGCCCGGGCAGAACGGCUUGAAAGGAGACUUGGGUCAACGUGGUCCCAAAGGAGUUCCAGGUGAAUCUGGUCAGAAAGGAGAAAAGGGCGUAUGUGGAGACUACAGUCACAGGAAGCGGCGUAUUGUACAGCCCUGUGUUGGAGGAUUGGCCACAGGUGAGCCUGGAGCUCAGGGCCCACCAGGACCUCCCGGCCCCUCAGGGACCCCCGGACUGAACGGUGCAAGUGGACCACCGGGUAAACCCGGUGAACCAGGAAAACCUGGAAAAGAUCCAAGGCUCCUGCCAGGGAUGAAGGGUGAGCCAGGCAUGCCAGGAAUAAAGGGUGAUGUUGGCCCUGCUGGUCCCGAAGGCCCCAAGGGACUGAAGGGAGACCUAGGGCUGAGGGGAGAGCCAGGUUUUCCAGGCACUCCUGGAAGAAAGGGUCAAGCUGGUACCCCUGGAACACCUGGUAUUCAUGGAAAGAGGGGCUACAGGGGUGACAAGGGUGAACCCAGCACAGUGGGGACUGGCAUCAAAGGAGAACCAGGGACACCAGGACUUCCAGGCCUAUCAGGAUUCAAGGGUGACAAAGGCGACCAAGGUGUCAAGGGGGAAGAAGGAUCUGAUGGCCCAGCUGGACCAAGAGGUCCUCCAGGUGCAGCAGGGGAGCCAGGAAAAUCAGAAAUCAUCAACAAUGAAAAUGAUAUUCGGAAUGUACCUUUGAUGGGCCCACCUGGACUACCUGGCCCUCAAGGAGGCCCCGGAACACCAGGAACAAAGGGUGAAGUUGGCCUUCCAGGCCCUUCAGGUCUUGACGGAGAGAAGGGUCCUCGGGGGAAGCCUGGAGAGGCAGGUCCUGUUGGCCCAGCCGGCCCUGAAGGCCCCAGAGGGGAGGGGGGCCUGAUGGGUUUCUCCGGAACCAAAGGAGAUAAGGGGGACAUGGGCCCAUCUGGAUCACCUGGUUUAGAUGGCCCUACUGGUGAAAAGGGGGUUUCUGGGCCUCCUGGUCCCAUUGGAUUACCAGGCGCAAUGGGUCAGAAGGGUGAGUCCGGAGAUAAGGGAGGAAUGUCAGACAUGGUAUACGGGCCUCCAGGUCCUCCAGGACCCCAAGGACCAGUUGGCCCUGCGGGACCUGAAGGACUGGGAGGGCCAAAGGGGGAGCCAGGCAUAGGCAUACGGGGAGAGAAGGGAGCAUCUGGUUCGAAAGGCGAUAAAGGGGACAGGGGUCAUCUUGGGCUUCCUGGGGCUCAUGGUUUAGACGGCAGGCCUGGUCCAGUGGGCCUGAUAGGACCAGUUGGUGUGGCAGGGCCAGCAGGACUGAAGGGAGAUAGAGGUUACAAGGGAGAUUCAGGAGAACCAGGACCAAUUGGGCCUCAAGGCAUCCCUGGUUUAAUAGGACCACAAGGAUUCAAAGGGAACCGGGGAGAGAGGGGCAAGAAAGGCAACAGGGGAACUAAAGGGGAUAAGGGGGACCAAGGAGCACCCGGAUUAGAUGCCCCCUGUCCAUUGGGGGAUGAUGGCUUACCAGUAUCAGGGUGUUGGAAUAAAGGUCAAAAUCCUUUCCAACUGGCCAAGUAGUAGAGGUUCAGGAGAUCUGCUCAACAACGUUUCACUCAAAGCUGCAGGAUGGAAACUUGAAGGCAUUUGGAGAUAUCGUUGAGUUUUGACCCCACCUGGGGUUGUCAUUUUACUCACACAGAUUUUCCAGCCGGCUGAACACAGGCAGUAAUAUUGGGGGGCUCCAGUCGCUAGCAGUGAGCAGACUGACUUCAAUAAGACUCAGAAACAAAAGGAUUUCAGUUUCCUUUGCAGUUCUUUGCUGAAGGCUCCUCGGGUUGGACAAGCCAUCAAAGCCACAAAGCGAUAGACGCAUUUAUUUGAGAUAUGUGCUUUUCUUUGAGAUAUAUCUUUAUUCACUAUGUGAAAGUGAGACAUUCACUUUUUAUAGUGUACAAUUUCCUGUUUUUUAUUUGACACCAACAACUGUGAUUCAAGAAUUCAGAGCAGCUCGCAGAACAGACAGAUGUAAUCUCUCUGUGUUCAUGUGUUUCCAAGACAAACCAAAAAACAAAGGGAAAUGCUUUUGAUGAUUCCUGAUAUCAAACUCACUGCCUUCUCUAAUAUCCUGGGUGUUGCAGGCAUAUAACAUACUGUUUAUGUAGCUAUGUGGCCUGACCUGUGCCCAAGGAAGAACUUUAUUACCAGCAUUUUGUUGGUAUACAUUUAUACAUGUCUAAUAGACGUAUAUUACAUUUAUUCACAUUCUUGUACCGAGAUGUAAAACUCACCAUAUAUCAAUGCUGUAAGAGUAAGUAUUGUACAGUAGGAGAGUGUUCACACACUUUUUUAAAGCGCUGACUCCAUGUUCUUGAAUAUAUUGAUGUGACAUGGGAGCCUCUCAUUUUAUCCCAAAAUGUUUUUACUCAACAUAGAUACCCUAUCGUUUUAGACUGUCUUAGAUAAUACAUGUCUGCAGUCAUACUGACAACUUUUAAUGAGUAUUUAAGCAAUAAGGCCCGAUGAGGUGUGGUAUAUGACCAAUAUACCAUGGCUAAGGACUGUUCUCACGCACGACGCAACGCGGAGCGCCUAGACACAGCCUUUAGCUGUGGUAUAUUGGGAAACCCCCAAGGUGCCUUAUUGCUAUUAUAAAAUGGUUACCAAUGUAAUUAGAGCAGUAAAAAUACAUGUUUUGUCAUACCCAUGGUAUACGGUCUGAUAUACCACAGCUUUCAGCCAAUCAGCUUUCAAACCACCCAGUUUAUAAUCUGGAAUAACCUGAUUCAUAUCAGUUGGUAAGAGCCAGAGUACCAUAAUCUAAUUUACCUUAAAAUAAGAUUCCUGAGGAAUGCCACACUAAAUGCAAGUCAUCAUGAAUCAAAUUGAGCAGCUAAUUUCAGCAGGAAUAAGUUCAACACCUUUAUCCUGUCUGUAUGAAUCGGUGGGCUUCGGUGUAACUGUUUGUCACCUUUGAAGUCAAAUAUUAACCAUAAAGAAGGCAGAUUUUUAUCGUGGGCAAAUAUUUAUGUCAAAUGUUGACAUUAUACAGCUCCUCUAAACAUGUUGUGUCAUGAAAAAUGAUGCUUUCAUACUGAUGAAAGAAAACCCCUGUUUUUGAAGGUCUUUUGUUUAGGAUUGUGUGACGUGUCAUGGCUGGAGGCACAAGACCAGUUUUGAAGCUAUUGGACAGCUGGUAACCGACGCUUAGAACCAUUUUAAAUCCAAUGAAUUGCUUAUUUAGGUCGCUAUGACAUUUUGACCUUGUGAAACUCAUUUUGAUUUGAGCAGUUGGGGUAAAGGUAUUUUAUUACUUUCUCUUCCAAAAAAUGUAGCAACAAUUUCAUAGCAUUCUUGUGUGAAAACGAAGUCCGACGACUGAACUGACAAUAUGUCCAUCUUGUCAACGACUAUGAUAUCUUGUGCCUUUUACUAUGUUUAACACAACAGAAGCAUUCCUUAUGUCAUGUUGACAACUGUCUUCUAACCCUCCUCACACCUCAAAUCAAAAUGCACAUACGAUAAUAAUUUGAAUAUUCAAAGUGGUGAAUACAACACGAGUCCAUAUUCAUAUCCAAAUUGUGUAUUGCAAACCAGGGUCAGUUAUUGUGGUUGUUCUUUAGAUUUGAUAAAGGCCACAUUGACCUAGGCAGGCAGUGGGGGUGGACGAUUGAGACCACUCUAGCAUUACUGACACGAAUUGGUAACAGAAAUGUA